ACAAGUAGGCGAGCAGCUCACCUCUUUUGUGAAUCUUUCCCUUCACUCUAACAAUCGAAAAUGGUUAAUUUCACUAUUGAAGAAAUCCGUGGUUUGAUGGACAAGGUUACCAACGUCCGUAACAUGUCCGUUAUCGCUCACGUCGAUCACGGUAAGUCUACCUUGACUGAUUCCUUGGUCUCCAAGGCCGGUAUUAUUUCUUCUGGUCGUGCUGGUGAAGCCCGUUUCAUGGAUACCCGUAAGGAUGAACAAGAACGUGGUAUUACCAUCAAGUCCACUGCCAUUUCCAUGUAUUUCCAAAUGGAAAACGAAGAAGACCUUAAGGAAAUCAAGGGUCAAAAGACCGAUGGUAGAGCUUUCUUGAUUAACUUGAUCGAUUCUCCUGGUCACGUUGAUUUCUCUUCUGAAGUUACUGCUGCUCUUCGUGUUACUGAUGGUGCCCUUGUCGUUGUUGACUGUAUUGAUGGUGUCUGUGUCCAAACCGAAACUGUCUUGCGUCAAGCUUUGAACGAACGUAUCAAGCCCGUUAUCUGUCUUAACAAGGUUGAUCGUGCUCUUCUCGAACUUCAAUUGGACAAGGAAGAACUCUACAACUCUUUCGCUCGUACCGUUGAAUCCGUCAACGUCAUCAUUUCCACCUAUGUUGAUGAAGCCCUCGGUGACUGUCAAGUCUACCCUGAAAAGGGUACUGUUGCCUUCGCUUCCGGUCUUCACGGUUGGGGUUUCACUCUUCGUCAAUUUGCUAACCGUUACGCCAAGAAGUUCGGUGUUGACAAGAACAAGAUGAUGUCCAAGCUCUGGGGUGAAAACUACUUCAACCCUAAGACCAAGAAGUGGACCACCAAGUCUACUGAUGCUGAAGGUAAGCCUCUUGAACGUGCUUUCAACAUGUUUGUCUUGGACCCCAUCUACCGUCUCUUCGACUCCAUCAUGAACUUCAAGAAGGAACAAACCGCCACUCUUUUGGAAAAGUUGGAAGUCGCUCUUGCCAAUGACGAAAAAGAUUUGGAAGGUAAGGCCCUCCUCAAGGUUGUCAUGCGUAAGUUCUUGCCCGCUGGUGAUGCUCUUUUGGAAAUGAUCUGUAUCCACUUGCCCUCUCCCGUCACCUCUCAAGCUUACCGUUGCGCUCAAUUGUACGAAGGUCCUACUGAUGAUGAAUGUGCUGUCGGUAUUCGUGCUUGUGACCCUAACGGUCCUCUUAUGCUUUACGUCUCCAAGAUGGUUCCCACCUCUGAUAAGGGUCGUUUCUACGCUUUCGGUCGUGUCUUCUCCGGUACCGUCCGUGCUGGUAUGAAGGUCCGUAUCCAAGGUCCUAACUACGUUCCCGGUCAAAAGAACGAUUUGGCUAUCAAGUCUAUCCAACGUACUGUUCUCAUGAUGGGUCGUAACGUUGAAGCCAUUGAAGACUGUCCCGCCGGUAACAUUAUUGGUCUUGUUGGUGUUGAUCAAUUCUUGGUCAAGUCUGGUACCAUCACUACCUCCGAAGUUGCUCACAACAUGAAGGUCAUGAAGUUCUCUGUCUCUCCUGUUGUGCAAGUUGCCGUUGAUGUCAAGAACGCCAACGAUCUUCCCAAGCUUGUUGAAGGUCUUAAGCGUCUCGCCAAGUCUGAUCCUUGUGUCUUGACUUUCACCUCUGACUCUGGUGAACACAUUGUUGCUGGUGCUGGUGAACUUCACUUGGAAAUCUGUUUGAAGGAUUUGGAAGAAGACCACGCUCAAGUUCCUCUUAAGACUGGUGACCCCGUCGUCCAAUACCGUGAAACUGUCACUGCUGAAUCCAGCAUUGACUGUCUUUCCAAGUCUCCCAACAAGCACAACCGUAUCUACAUGCGUGCUACUCCUUUGGAUGAUGAACUCUCCAACGAAAUCGAAGAUGGUAAGAUUUCUGCCAAGGACGAUUUCAAGACUCGUGCUCGUGUCCUCGCUGACAAGUACGAAUGGGAUGUUACUGAAGCCCGUAAGAUCUGGUGUUUCGGUCCUGAUGGUACUGGUCCCAACGUCAUGGUUGAUGUUACCAAGCAAGUUCAAUACCUCGGUGAAAUCAAGGAUUCUUGUGUUGCUGCCUUCCAAUGGGCUACCAAGGAAGGUCCCGUUGCCGAAGAAAACCUCCGUGGUUGUCGUUUCAACAUUCUCGAUGUCACUCUUCACGCUGAUGCUAUUCACCGUGGUGGUGGACAAAUUAUCCCCACUUGUCGUCGUGUUGUCUACGCUUCCGUUCUUACUGCUUCUCCUGGUAUCCAAGAACCUAUCUACCUUGUCGAAAUCCAAUGUCCUGAAUCUGCUAUUGGUGGUAUCUACUCUUGUCUUAACAGACGUCGUGGUACCGUCUUCUCUGAAGAACAAAAGAUUGGUACUCCUAUGAUGACCGUCAAGGCUCACUUGCCCGUUAACGAAUCUUUUGGUUUCACUGGUGAUCUCCGUGCCGCCACCUCUGGUCAAGCUUUCCCUCAAGCUGUCUUCGAUCACUGGGCUAUCAUGUCUGGUAACCCUCUCGAAGCUGGUAACAAGGUCUACGAUAUCAUCCGUGCCGUCCGUACCAGAAAGGGUCUUACUCCCGACAUUCCCGGUCUUGACAAGUACUACGAUAAGCUUUAAAUUUAAUAAUACAAACUCAUUAAAUGUAAAAUACAUUUGGAAUAAACCAUUCUUAGUUGAAAAAAAACA